AUGCGCGGCUUCGUCGUCGACGGUGCCUCUGGCUCCGUCAUGGACGUGCCCGUGCCGGAGCCCGCCGAAGGCGAGGCUCUGGUGCGUGUGCUCGUCGCCGCGGUCUGCGCGACCGAUAUCGAGAUCAUGAAGGGAUACAUGGGCUUCAAAGGCCUCGCCCGCCAUCGCCGCAUCGUUGGCCACGAGUUUGUCGGCGUCGUCGAGACGGCGCCCGCCUCGCACGCCCACCUCGUCGGCAAGCGCGUCGUCGGCGACAUCAACCUCUGCUGCUGGGACGCGGCGUCGUGCGGCACGUGCGCCGUCGGCGGCGCGCGGGCGCGCAACCACUGCCCCAAGAGGACCGUGCUUGGCAUCCUCAACAAGGACGGGACCUACUGCGAGCGGCUCACCCUCCCCGUCGUCAACCUUCACGCCGUGCCGGACGGCGUCUCGACGGAGAACGCGGCGUUCGCCGAGCCGCUCGCCGCCGCCUUUCGCAUCGCGGAGCAGCGGGUCGUCUCGCCAAAGGACCGCGUGGCAAUCAUCGGCGACGGCAAGCUCGGGCUGUUGAUCGCCGAGGUAUGGGGGAGGUGUGGGGAGAUCUGA